ACUUGUGCAUUGAAGAGUUUCAAUUCAAUUAAUUUACAAUCUAAGAUGAAUUUACUUACUAUUUCUCAAUCUCUUGACGAAUCUUAUAAUAAACAUAAAAUUAUUCCUGACGUGGUUGAUAAAUUUGAUACUCAAGGAUUGCUUACCAUUGAAUAUAAUGAAAAUGAUCAAGUUGCCUUGGGGAAUACAUUGAAAGUUGAAAAUACUCAGCAUAAACCAACAAUUCAAUUCACUCUUAAUUCUCCUGGUCUGGAAAAAGAAUUGGAAAUAUCAAAGGACGAUCGAUUCACUUUAGUUUUAACCGAUCCGGAUGCUCCAUCAAAUAAAGAUCAUAAAUGGUCAGAAUAUGCUCAUUGGAUUGUUACUGAUUUACCAUUGAAUGAAAAUUCCGAAUCUGCUUCUUCAAAUGCCGAAGGUAAAGAAGAUUCCUUAAGUACGAUAUUAGACUAUACUAAAGGUAAAGAAAUUUUAUCUUACGUUGGUCCUGCACCACCUCCAAAAACUGGUAAACACCGUUAUGUUUUCUUACUCUAUAAACAAGAUCCAAAAGUUUAUCUGUUACCUGCUCCUCCUGACAGACCUAACUGGGGUACUGGUAUUCCAAGUAGCGGUGUGAAAGAUUGGAUCAAAAAACAUGGUGGUAAACUGCAAUUAUUAGGAAUCAAUUUCUUUUAUGCCCAAAAUGACGAUCAAGAUUGAUUCUAUAUAUAUAUAUAUAUAUAUAUAAACUGUUUUAUACUUUAUAUCAUAAUGC